AUGAAUUACGUCGAAUACGGAAUCAGCCGCAUCUUCGCUAAUGCCAAGGGGCGUGAUGCACGGCUCUUCACCAAAGGGCCGGCUUUUGCUCAAAUACCCCAGCCAGAUAUCUCAAUCGAAUGCACCGAAGUCGGUCCGACUGGAUCACACAUGCCCUCUCAUCUGACGGCCGAUGGUGCAGGCCACUUUCCAACUCUGAGCUGGCCGAUGGCGACUCCCGAAGCCAAAGAGUAUCUGAUGAUCAGCGAGGACCCCGAUGCGCCACUGCCAUCACCAAUCAUUCACGGCGUGUACUAUGGUAUCUCGCGUGAUACCACGGGAGUUACCAACCUUGACUUUGAACCGACCGGCAAGGAGAAUGAGUUGAAGGGUGGUUUCAGAUAUGGCAAAAAUCGCCGGGGAAAUAUUUAUACUCCCCCGCGACCAUUGCUGGGCCACGGUCCGCAUCGGUACUUUUACACCCUGAUUGCGCUGAAUGAGAGCCUGGAUUUGUCUCGAAUGAGUGCUUUGCCUACUGCCGAGGAGGUGGCGAAGGAGAUUGAGGGGAAAGUAGUCCAGUGGGGGCAAUGGGUCGGGGUGUAUGAGAGAAAAUGGGAAUAG